CACUCACAGUCUGGCUUUAGUGUCCAGGAGUGUGAAGAUCAGGGAAGAUCAAACUACCUACUGUAGGUUGACCCCUGAGUCUCCGUGUCUCCCCUUCAAGGAUACAGGUUGCACAGUAGGGACACCAUCACAGUCCUCCUGAGUUCUGCCAACCUUGCCAAAGCUUCAAUGUCACAAUUCUGUACAAUGCCAGCUGGAGAGAGGAAGAAGUGUGCAGCAGCUAUUUGCCGAGAGGUCCAUGGUACCAAUGGGGACGUCAUGGAUCUCGGAAAGAAGCUCUGCACUCCUAAAGACAUUAUGUUGGAGGAGUUAUCGUUGCUUUCCAACAGAGGUUCUCGCCUUUUUAAAAUGCGCCAGAGGAGAUCUGACAAAUACACAUUUGAAAGUAUCCAAAAUGAGGCAAACGCGCAGCUAAAUAAUGAUAUUUUAGCUGAGGGUACACACACUGUGGAAAUUAAAGUUGAUGCACCCACCCAUGGAAAUACUGCUAAUGCAGAAACCUCUGUUUCAGAUGCGACUGCAGAGAAGUUAAACACCACAGCUAUGCCCAAGUCCUAUCACUCUCCAUGGGAGGAGGCAAUCCUCGGUGACCCCGACCUCGCUGAAACUCUCAAACUAAGAAUGCCUGAACUAGACUCACGACCAGACCUUCCUGAAUACAAAUGCUUUAACCGGGUUGCCACUCCUUAUGGCGGCUUUGAGAAAACUCCCAGAGGAAUCACGUUCAAACUCCCGGAGGUGGACCUGAACCCGCCGAGUUACCCAGAGCUCCAGGAGCCGGGGAUUAAGAGGCCCACCUUCAACAGAACAGCCCAGGGAUGGAUAUCUGAGGGCACCCAUCUGAUCCUACCCACUUUUACCGUGGAGCCUGCCAACGUGCCGGAGUCUGAUGACCUGUAGGUGGUUUUAUGUAAUCUGGCAACAUGAUGUUGGCUGUAAUAUUGUGGCCUCAGCCUGCGAUGACAACAAAACAGUCAAUUAGUAGCACAGUUGCGAAUCCUUAACAGUAUUUUGGAUUGUUCCCAUGCAAUGGACACGAAAUGUUUCAUUCUUUUGUUCUUCAGUUGACUAGUAUGUUUGCUGUCGCUAGAAAAACUGUUUCCAAAGAAAGUCAUGUAAAUAGCCAAAAGAAUGUGCUAUACAGAAUUCACAAAAUCCAGAGUUUCCACUGAUACUGAAAACAAAACUGUAAAUUUUUAUAAAUUUUCAAAUGAAAAGAGAAGUAUGUAAUGUAAAUAAAGAAUGCAACUUAUUUAUUGAUGGCACAAAAUCAAAACUGGAUCAUGCAGUAGGUUAUAUAGUUUGUAGUAUUUUUAUUAUAGAUAGUACAAAAAAUAUACACAUUAAUAUAUAAGUGAAACUGAAAAUUUCACGUGAGGUAUAUUUAUAGCUCUAUAGAUAUAAUAAAGAUUGAAUAAGCUCUAGUCAAAAUUUCAUAGUACAAAUAACUUAAACUGAAUUUUUCACUCAUAAAUUUGUAGACAUGAGAUAAAAGUGGAAGCUCUGUUUCAUGUUAAGGUCCCAUAUCCUCGGAAGAGGAUUCAGAGUAUUUAAGCAGAAGAAAAAGGGGAUUUCACAGUGCAACCGAGAUUAAUUUAUCUUGAGAAAAUCACAGAGAGAUCACCAAUCUGGGAGGAAGACCGAGGAACCUGGACUUUGACCUGUGAUGGCAUGGAGCCGUGCUAAAGCACUUCUAAUUAGAAUCACUGCAUCUCAUGGACUCAAAACCUUUGAAUUUGUAUGUAUACAAGAAACAACCACUCCCUGCUGAGAAUCAUGUAACAUGGAAACUGUCACACCUGCCUUGUUUGGAGUGCGAUGACAGUAAAGAGGAAUUAUAGAUGUUU